AGCUGAAUGUGCUGCUUCCUUUUCCAGUGGUAAAUGGUCAAGAACCAUGCUGGAAGCAUCUGAACAAGCGAGGCUUUCUCCUGUUUGCUUCUCCGGUCUUUGCUGCAGCUUUGCUUCAUUCAUUUUGGACGUGGAUAGGAAAGCACACAGUCAGUGAAAAAAAACAACAACCAAGGGGGGAGCAUUUUUGAAUGCUUACAGGAUGGAUUUCCUUAACAGUACAACAACCUCUGCUCCGCGUGCAAAUAUUGGAAGCUCUCCAACAAGCACAGAUAUUGCAGUCAUUGGAGGUGUCAUUGCAGCUGUGGUCUUAGUCUUGAUUUGCCUCUUGGUGUUGAUGCUGAGAUACAUGUACCGGCACAAGGGCACCUAUCAUACCAAUGAAGCAAAGGGAACUGAAUUUGCCGAAAGCGCAGAUGCUGCUCUGAAAAAUGACCCUACCCUUCAAGACGCCAUGGAUGAGAACCGAAAAGAAUAUUUCAUCUGAAAGCAAAAGCGGGCCCCCUUGAGACACCCUUUGUUUUUCUCUCCUUCGCAAGGGGCAGGAUAUGGAGAUUACACAAAAGAGAACAAGGCAACUAAUUGAAAUAUUGCUGUUUAACAACAGCAAAGACUGGAUGCCAGAUCUAUAGCUGUUUAUUUGAUUAACCAUACACCACUCGGUUCAAUAUCAGAUGAAUGGAAAGAAAAGUUUCAGGAUGAACGAUUUAACUG